AUGGGCAAGGUUAAGGAGUCCAAGAAGGCCACCAAGGCGGCGCCUGCCGUCAAGAGUGCUGGCGUGACCAAGCCAUCGCAGACCAGCAGCGCCAAGUCCAAGAAGAUUGCAAAGGACAUCGCCGUCAAGGCUACCAAGAAGGACAAGAAGAAGAAGGUCGAGGUCUCGUCCGACUCUGACAGCGAUAGCGAUGCGUCGGACUCAUCUUCUGACUCCGAUUCCGACUCCGAGUCUGAGGUUGAGGAGAAGAAGCCUGCCAAGGCCGCCACCAGCGGCAAGACCAAGAAGGCUGCUAAGGCCGAGUCCUCCGACUCUGACUCUUCCUCCGAGUCUGAGGCCGACAGCAGCGACUCUUCUGACAGCGAGUCCGAUGCCAAGCCCGCUCCCAAGGAAAAGGCUUCCACCAACGGCGACAAGAAGGCCGCUGCCAAGAAGGUAGAGAAGUCGGAGUCCUCUGACUCUGAUGAGGACUCUGAUGAGGACUCUGACUCCGACUCAUCUGAUUCGGAUGAGAGCGAUUCUGAUGCCAAGGCCAAGCCGGCUAAGACUGAGAAGGCUAAGAAGGAAGAGGCUGAUUCCGACUCCGACUCCGACUCUGAUUCCGACGAGGACUCUGACAGCUCUGGGUCUGACUCCUCAGAUGAUGAAGAGGAGGAGAAGCCGGCCAAGACCGAGGCUCCCUCCAAGAAGCGCAAGGCUGAGGAAGAUGAGGAGGCUCCUGCUAAGAAGACCAAGACCGAGGAGUCUGACAAGCCCUCAACACUGUUCGUUGGCAACUUGAGCUGGAACGUCGACGAUGCCAUGCUGGCCGAGGAGUUCAAGUUCUGUGGUACAGUCACCAGUGCUCGUGUCAUUACCGACAGGGAGUCUGGCAGGUCCAAGGGCUUCGGCUAUGUUGACUUUGCCACCCCUGAGGAGGCCGAGAAGGCUCACGGCGAGAAGCAGGGUGCUUUCAUCGACGGCCGUGAGAUCAAGGUCGACUUCUCUACUGGCAAGGCCACCAACAGCAACGACGCUGCAGGGGCUCGUGCCAAGAAGUACGGUGACACCGUUAGCCCCGAGAGUGACACCCUCUUUGUUGGCAACCUACCCUUCGACGCCGACGAGGAUAGCGUUGGCGCUUUCUUCAGCGAGGUCGCCGAGGUGAAGAGUCUUCGCCUGCCUACUGAGCAGGAGACUGGUCGUCGCAAGGGCUUCGGCUAUGUUACAUUCAACUCUAUUGAGGACGCCAAGAGUGCUUUCGAGCAGCUCAACGGCCAGUCCAUCAACGGCCGUAACUGUCGCCUGGACUACUCUACCCCCAGGCCUCCUCGUGAGGAUGGUGGUUUCGGCGGCCGUGGUGGUGGUCGUGGUGGCUUCGGUGGUCGCGGCGGUGGCCGUGGUGGCUUUGGAGGUCGUGGUGGUGGCGGUCGUGGUGGUGGCCGCGGUGGUGGCCGUGGCGGCUUCGGUGGCAGCCGCGGCGGUGGUGGAUUCCAGGGCAAGAAGAUCACGUUUUAA